UCAAACUUAAAUUCAGUUGCCAAUUUGCCGCGUUCAAAUCAACAACUGUUAGCGGCUAUUUAAAAAUCUAAACAAUCUUUUCGAUCCUUAACCAUAAUAUAAACUCAAUUAUUUUUCCAAAUACUUUAAUCCAGUUUUAACAGACCUACAAAAUGUGCCUCCUGCCCGGUCGUUUCAUCUGGUCAGCGUUGAUUGUGGCAAUGGUGGCCCUAGCCAUAACAACCGAAGCCAGACCCCAGAGGAAUCUGCAGCACAUUGCGGUGGUGGAGAACGCCGCCUGGGAGAAGACCCUCCCCCAGCAGUUCCAGAAUCCCUUCUAUAAUACUCCCAGGGUGAGGGACGCCCUGGCCAGAUCCAGUUGGUUUGGACCCGGCGAGGAGGUGGUUUUAGAUCGCCAAGCUGAGAAAAUCCCACGUAUGGAAAUCUACAAUGUGUUGUCCCAUGCCGGUUUGAUACCACGCCGGCGAUUCUUUUAACUUAAUAAAUAUUUUACUAUCAUUUAUCUACUGUAAACAUUAUAAAAAUAAAAUUCAGUCAUUAGUAUAGGAACCAAA